AGCCACCACGGUUCAGGCCGCCAGCCCGAGCGAUCGGCGCAGCGGCUUGGCCUCCUCCAUGGCCCAGAGCCCCGAGCUGGAGCGAGGGCCGAUGGGCCCCGCGGCCGUGGGCGUGUGGGCGUUGGCCCUGGCGCUUUGGGCCCCCCGCGGGCGCGGCCUGGGCUACCGGUCCGCCGAGGAGGUGACUCGCAUUCAGCAGCAUGACAUGGCCACCCUCCCUGUGGGCGUGGAGGUCGUCGACGCUUGGUAUGGCUCCCCGACAGACGCCAGCAGGCGAGUGAACGUCACCGGCAUGGUACGGAAGCAGUACCGAAGCGGCAACCUGACCGUCUACGCUUUGAACGAGCUGUACGGCAACGUGGACCCCUGGAAAACGAAGGUGCUGGAGGUUCGUUUCGCGCAUUUGCCCAAGGUCAGAGCUCCAGCGCCCAGGGAGAGCCCUCGCGGGGUCACCGUGCUGGCGCAGAUAGGCGACCCGAGGUACUGGGAAGACUUGCGGUCGUGCAUGGUGAACGUGUCGCAGGCGGUGCAGGGUGCCGGGGAGGGCUUUCAGAUCUUCCUUGCUUUCCCCGACGAUGUCCCAGGUGGCCACAUGGAGAGCAUCCUCGGGGAUGCCCGCGCCCAGUUCGGGAAGCAGUCUGUCCGGAGCCUCGUGGGAGAAGACCGGGGGGCAGACGUCGGGCUGUAUCUCAGGCAGCUGCGCGUGCUCGGCGCUGAAGAUCCGGCCGAUCACUUCGACAUCUUCCUCAAGGUGCACAGCGAAAGCGACCGCCUCCAUAGGCGGGCGCGGCUCGGCGACCUCUGCGGGAGUGCCGCCAAGGUGCGCGAGAUCCGCAGGGCCAUGCGGGACGCCGACGACCUGGGAAUGGUCGGGCCCGCGAACGAGGUCCUGCAGUACCCGCGCCGGACCAAGGACUUCGCAGCUUGGGGCGAGGCGGACAUAAAGGGCAUGCUCAGGGCCUGGAGGACGAUGCAGCCCUGCGUGCCCUUCGACGUCCCGCUGCACAGGGCGCGCGUCGUGGCCGGAUCCUCCUUCUGGUCCCGCCAGGACGCGGUGCUGCACCAGAUCAUCCUGCAGGCCGUGGACGAGCUGCUGGCGUCCAUGCCCUUGGAGUACCAGGUCAGCACGGCUGGGCAGACGUCGCGCGCACUGGAGCGCCUGAUCCCCACGAUGGUUGCCGCCGUUCGGGGGCUCAGGGUCCUCGGGUCCGACGAGCUGCCGGAGCUGCGGGGGGAGCAAGCCCGGAGCGCCGAUGCCGAAGGGCUGGACGACUUCGAGGCCCCCGACGACCCCUCCGAGGCUCCCGACGACAGCCUCGCCGGCGCUGCGCCCACAAUCGGCGACGGCGCCGCACCGUGGGAGGCGGCCGACGACGAGCCGCUCGCUGGCGCCCCCGAGUGGGACGCGCCCCUUGUGGCCGGCGACGCGCCCGACGCGCCCGAAGACGAGGGGCCCGGGGACGAGGCGCCCUGGGACGUGGCCCCGUACGACGCCGCCGAGGGGGCGCCCCUCGCGGAGUGAGGGCGCCGCUCGCCGCAGGAGCGGGGAGGCCCUGAGGCGGAGAGGAAGAGGAGCAGACUCUCGAAGCCCCCGUCCCGACGCCGCCGAGGGGGCACCCCUCGCGGAGUCGGAGCGCCGCUCGCGCGCGCCGCGCGGGGCCCGCGCCCGUAGCCUGCCGGGAGCCGCGCCGUCCUGCCCGCAGCCUGCCCGGCCUCCGUCCUCGCGCCUCCGAAGGCGGGGAGGCGAGGCCAGACCUCUGCACGAACGAAGUGGGCAUACG